CGGUUGCCUUUCCCGCACCCUCCGUUACGGAGACGGAGGCGCGCAGGAAAGACAGAGAAAAGAGGGGGGACGACGCUAAAAAUCCCCUUAGUUUUCCCAAUCUCUCCCAGUCGCCGAGCCUCCCACCACAGGCGGCGGCGGCGGCGAGGAAUAGCCUGACCGAGUACCGCGGAUAGGCAGGCAGCCAUGGGCGGGCACGGCGGGCUGAACAUCCUUCCGCAGAAGCGGUGGAACGUCUACAACUUCGACAACCGCGAGAAGGUCCGCAACGACGAGGCCGCCGCCGCCCGUGAGGAACAGCUCCAGCGCGAGUCUGACCGCCGACGCGAGUCCGACCUCCGUCUCGCUGCGCUCCGCCGCAACCGUGGCCUCCAGUCCGACUCGCCCUCUGCCGCUCCCCCGCCCCCUGACCCUCCCGCCAGCGCCGGGCCCGCUGCGGAUCCGGCGGACGCCCCCUCGUCUGCUGCCGCCUCCGACGGCGACCACAUCAACCUCUUCUCUGGCGAGUCCGACUUCGCCGCGCUUGCCUCGCUUAACGGGGGGAGGGGCGCGGCGCGGGAGCGGGAGCCUGAAGCGAACCCUAAGACCAACCCUAAGAAGCGGAAGAAGGAGGAGGAGGUCAGGGCGGUGGGGCCCGACGAGGAGAAGUACAGGCUGGGCUACGGGCUCGCCGGGAAGGGCGUGGCGGCGCCGUGGUACAUGUCGAGCCCUGCCGCCGCGUCUGCGGCGGCAGCGGCGAAGGAUGGGAGGGGCAGAGAUGCAGGGGAAGGGAGCGGGGGGAAGAGGAGUGGGGGGAAGAAGAGCAUCGAGGAGCUGAGAGAGGAGAGGAGGAAGAGGGAGGCCAAGGAAAAGGAGCGCGAGCGCGCCCUGCUUGCAACUGCGGGGAGGAAUGAGAGGCAAGCGGAUCGGAGCCGCCCGUCGAGGAGGGCACGAUGAUGCAAGAAUUCUCAUGGUGUAAUGUGCAGGAUUUGCAAAGAAUGUUCGGUGAAGAAAAGGAGUCAGGGAACUGAAGAUAGCCUUACUAGCUUAUCCAAGGAGAUUGCAGAGGAUACAUGUGACAGUUACGCUGUUCAGUCGCUAAGGACAGCUUAAGAGCAGUUCAAGAACAUAUGGAUCAGUAACAAUUAGUUUGUGUGAUUUGUCAGAAAUCGUUUUUCUUUGUGGGAAUUUUUUUUUUCUGUAAUUUGUAAAACACACUCUGCCUACUGCACUAAGAAUCUUACAUUGCACUUCUUCGUUUGCUUGUAAAGUUUAUGUACAUGUUUGUGGAAUAUUCUGAAAUCUUAUCGAAUCAGAUAACUUCAACUUGCACGCUA